AGAAAUCAUCCAUAAAUACCCAUUAACCCCUUUCUCAUUCGCCCUCCCACCGUCUUCACUCUCCUCUCUCUGGUCCCCAUUCUCUCAUCGCUGCUCUCCAAUGGCGCUCCUCCGCAUCGUGAUCGGAGCCAUUCUGCUCGCCUUCAUGACUUCACCGACCACUGCACGGAUCCCCGGCGUCUACACCGGCGGGCCAUGGCAGAACGCUCACGCCACCUUCUACGGCGGCAGCGAUGCCUCCGGCACCAUGGGAGGAGCAUGCGGGUAUGGGAAUCUCUACAGCCAAGGGUACGGCGUCGAAACAGCAGCGCUGAGCACGGCUCUGUUCAACAAUGGGUUCAGCUGCGGAGCCUGCUUCGAGAUCAAGUGUGCCGAUGAUCCAGAAUGGUGCCAUGGUGGAAGCCCAUCCAUCCACAUCACCGCCACCAACUUCUGCCCUCCUAACUUCGCCCUUCCUUCAAACAAUGGCGGAUGGUGCAACCCUCCAAGGCCACACUUCGAUCUCGCCAUGCCGAUGUUCCUCAAGAUCGCUCAGUACCGCGCCGGCAUCGUCCCCGUCUCUUACCGCCGAGUACCAUGCAAGAAGUCUGGUGGUAUUCGGUUCACCAUAAACGGGUUCAGGUACUUCAACCUAGUGCUCAUCACCAACGUGGCCGGCGCCGGAGAUGUCGUGCGCGCCAGUGUGAAGGGCUCACGCACCGGGUGGAUGCCCAUGUCCCGUAACUGGGGCCAGAACUGGCAGUCCAACGCCGUGCUCUCCGGCCAAUCCCUCUCCUUCCGUGUCACUGGCAGUGACCACCGCACUUCCACUUCCUGGAACAUUGUCCCUUCCAAUUGGCAAUUUGGCCAAACUUUUUCCGGAAAAAAUUUCCGUGUUUGAAGUGAUGAACUUUGUUAAAGGUUUUAUUAGAUAUAUAUAUAUAUAUAUAUCAAGAUUUCAAGUGUAGUAGUAUAGUUGUUAUUAUUGGUAGUUAUUGGCACUGGUUUUUAAUGGUGUCUAGUAUUAUGUAAUGGGUUUUGGUAGUAGUGAAAGGAGGGAGUGUGUGCGUUUUGCCUUUUUUUGACUGUGUUUUUUUGGGGGCUUAUGUGUUUGGGGGAGUUGUGAUUUUAGUUGAGAGAGGUGGCUGAAGUGGCUGCAGCAUAAGAAAGAAGAGCUGGAGGCCCGCAGCUGCGUGUUUGAUUUGGUAA